GUCCUCGACAGCACCAUCAACACGCAUCGCCCCCGGUCUGAUAUGGCUGCCUGCCUGCGCUUCACCCGUCGGGUCUGGAAGUCGUUUGUAGACAACAAAGGACACGAUCAACAAUGCUUCCCGAAUCUCAAGAUUCUGGAUGCGAAGCCCGGCGUUUUGCAAGCAUCGCUCAAGAUAGAACCAUACAAUCUGAACAGGGUCGGGACCGUCCAUGGCGGGCUCAUCAUGUCGCUUACCGACACCAUCGGAUCGCUUGCUAUAGCCACGAAGGGGCAGUACAUGACUGGCGUAUCUGUGGACAUCGGCACGUCCUUCGUGAAACCAGCCGGUCGUACAGGCGAUGAGUUGAGGGUAAGCGCUGUCGUGACAGGAAUGGGCAAGUCGCUUGCAUUCACUCGCAUCGACUUCUUCAACGCAUCUGGACAGCUCGCAGCAUAUGGCCAUCACACCAAGUAUAUCGGCAAGUCCAUUGGGCACGAGAACGAUGUCAAAUUUUCAGAAGACGGGGAGGCGAUCAUUGAGGGCAAAGACGUCGACUAGCCAUGUGUUUAUGUGCCUAUCUGCAUGUCCGCCCUCCGUUAUCAUUUCAUGGAGUGGAACCUCAUGCUCGGCACCACAAAAGCGUGCGAAUUGAGUACGGAUCAUGC